AUGAAUACAACUAUAGGGUUAGAAGUCGUGUCUAUAAGUGAAUUUUGUGAUAAAUACAAAAUAUCUGAUGUUCAUCGAAAAAAUAUGGGAAUUCUUAAUGAGAAUGUUAAGGUAAUUGAAGAAGAAGAGUACAAUCAGUUACUAAAUGAUAUAAACAAAGUUAAUGAAAGUUAUAAAGUGAGUACGUUGAAACGAAAAUUUGAUUCAGUUUCUCCGAUGUCAAGGGACGUUAAAUGCAAACUUGAUAUAAUUCCCUUAACGAUGUGCACGGAAUCCCAGAAUGCUAAUAAUUUAGAUGAUGAUAUACACCCAGAGAUCAUAUUAACGAGUGAGUUAAACGGGAAUACACAAUUUGAUAUUUCUGGUGUGCAACCUUAUCAAGAUAUUAUUAUGGAUUCUGAUGAUACCUGCAGGGUUAUCAACAUACAACAAGAUAUUUUACCUAUACAGACUUUCAUGCCACUGACAUCGGAUGAUCACCAGUGGCAAAGUAGUCCAUUUAAUUUCUCUUAA